GUGUGUGUGUGUGAGUGUGUGUCAUUGUUCUAAGUAAAGACCCAACACCUGCUGCACAGGAUUAACAGCACAGAGACAAUGGAGAGACACAGGACACAGUCUGAUCCUAUAAGGAGGUGAACCAAUGUGUGUGAUGUAGUAAACCCAGGUGUUGUGGGAAAGAGAACGUCUCCUCAUCCCUCUUCAAUGGAAAGGACCGGACAGCUGGUUACCAACCAGACACCGAGGCAAACUACCAGUGAGCUCCCAGCCUCAGUUCAGAGUUGAGACACUGGCCCUUUGGAAAGAAGGCUCCUCUGAUGACUUCUAUGUCAUCGAAAGCUACUUUGAUGACGUCGAAGACUCAACUUUGAUGUCAUCAAAGCAGCUCUUCUUCAUUCAGGAGAGCUGGAUUCCACGACACACCAACAUCUCCAGCUUGAUCCUGUAGAUGAACAUAGUCCAGGUCCUCAGCGUCCGAGAUUUCAGACCCAGAAUCAAGACCAAGAACUGUCUCCUCGUCUUCCUCCUCUUCUUCCUCAUCCUGUUCUUUAUGCAGCAUCUUCAUGAACGUUAAACCCAGAAAACACUGAAUAAUUGAUGCCUCCCUGCAGCUCGUUGCCCAGCGAGCCUCCGCCCACCACAUGCUCGUCAUUUUAAAUACAGUCACUCAAGUGAUGUUCAGCUUAAAGUUCGGCUUUCUUCUUCCUUUCCUCCAGACGGAUUAAAUAUCAGCCGAGGGGGAGGCCAUGCAACGCUUCGGAUCCGAGGAGUCAGAGGACGACUUCAAUGGUCGCACCUUCGUGGAGGUGAUCAGGGAAAGGUACAGUCCAGAGAACUUCCCGUGGUGCACAGGACCUAACAUAAGGGUGGUGGUCGUGCCCAGAGAAGGUCCUCAAGGUUCCAGUUUGAAAGACAGUGUGAACCUGCCCAGCGUGAUGGUGCUGGACGGCUGGGGCGUCAGCCAGGCAGGAGACCAGGCGUGGAUCGAAGCGUUCUGUGCUCACGUCACGAAGCUGGACUUGUCCCACAACAAGCUGCAGGACUGGCACGAGAUCAAUAAAAUUGUCUCCAACACCCCAAACCUGGAGUCCCUGAACCUGAGCUACAACCCCCUGGCAGGAAUAACCCUGGAGCCCGGGUGCACCAAAGCUUUUUUCGGGGUCCGCAGUCUUGGCCUGAACAACACCAAAGUGUCCUGGGACACAGUGCUGCUGCUCAUCCGGGAGAUACCGGAGCUGGAGGAGUUGUUCCUGUCCCUUAAUGGCUACAGCAGUCUGAGUGCCCCCACUGUGGCCUGUCCCAGCCUGCGCCUGCUCCACAUCACAGACAACAGCCUGCAGGACUGGGCCGAGGUCCGCAAGUUCAGCUCCAUGUUCCCCAGCCUGGAGACGCUGGUCAUGGCCAACAACAACUUGGCUUCCAUUCAGGACAACAAAGACGUCCUGCAGCGGCUCUUCCCCAACCUGCGCAGCAUCAACCUGCACAACUCAGGUCUAAACCGAUGGGAAGACGUUGAGAAGUUGAACUUCUUCCCCAAGUUGGAGGAGGUGCAAGUGCAGGGCAUUCCCUUACUGCAGACCUUCACCGAAGAAGAACGAAUACACCUCGUGAUAGCACAGCUUCCUGCAAUAUCCUGGCUAAACGGCAGCGUUGUGACUGACUGCGAGCGGGAAGCUGCCGAGAGGUUCUUCAUCCGUUACUACUUCGACCACCCUGAAGAGGAGCUGCCUGUCAGAUACCAUUCCCUGGUCACCAAGUACGGGAAGCUGGAGCCACUUCCCGAGGUUGACCUCCGACCUCGCUGCUGCGCCCAUGUGGAGGUUCACUGUGAAGAAAAAGUGCAACAGCUGACCAUCCCACUGGACCAGACAGUAGCUGGGCUGAAGAAGCAGCUGACGCCCGUGGUCCAGCUGUCCACCAGCAGCAUGAGGCUGUACUACAUCGACAGGACCAGCGUCUUCGGCCCAGAGGAAAUGAAGUUCAACACCCGGGGCCUCCAGUCCUACAGCAUCCAAGAUGGUGAUCAGCUACUGGUGGUACCCAAGACCAAAAGGAAAGCGGGCGUCCAACUGGCUGAUUAGAGUCGGUUCUUUAUUGAUUGGUUAAUUUGAUUAUUUAUUUGCUGGUUUACUGGCAUUGCAGAAUAAUAGGAAUACGCAUGAUCUGGAUCAGCCCGCUUGUUGGAACGGAGAGAAUUGCAAUUUGUUUUUAUGGCACCGCAACAUCACAAACAUUGUUGAGCUCAACUUGUGUUAUUCUCAGGUUGCUCCUAUGAAUAAAUCUAUGAAUCUAUGGACAGAUCGAUGAAUGUGAAAUGCUACAAAGUAUUCAUUUGAUAUUUUAAUACUUCAUAAAAAGAGGAAUAAAACAAUAUUUACAAAUGAAA